AUCGACCAACGCGCUGUCACUGCAGACUCCACAUUUGUCUGUGGAUAUUGCUUGUGGAGAGACAGGCAGCGGGCAGAAUAGACAAGGCCGCAGAGAUGAUAUCCUCCGGAUCUGCUGGAUUCCAAAGAAAAGCUGGUAUAUAAUAGGUAAAGGCAUAUAAUAUGACUAGGAGUAGAAAUUCGCCAACUGAGGGAAUAGAACUAUUAAUGAAAAUCUCAAGACAUUCAUUCUUUCUGCUACCGUCUGCCUACCCGGCUGCCUGUCUAUCAACCCAUCAUACCGCCCAUCUUGUCCACCGCCAGACCCUUGGGCACGCAUCACCAUCGCCACUUGGGUACACACAAAAGCAUCUCACUCUCCAUCAAUCCCACAAAAAAAAUCACAACAAGAGUCAUCCAUCCAAAAUACCUAGUACCUACCACAUUCCUUUCCGGAAAUAUCGACAACACAGACUCCAUCCAUCGCAUUUCCAAAGCAUUGUCGGCCCAAUCCGCCAUCAAACACCAAAUGCCUUUAUUUCCCCGCAAUGCGACAAUCUCACCGCGCGCGGGAGGGGCUCAUACAUAACAUGCCACAUACAUACAUACAAGCGAAUAGUAGCUGCCUACCCACCUCUUACUUACAUACCGCAUCAUCACUUAUCGCUCUAUGCAAAAAUAGCUGCCUACCUAGAAACCUAUGUAUGUAUAGCCAUGUCCUUAAUACAUACAUCCCUAUCCAUAUCCAUUAAGCAAAGUAAGCAACAAAAAAAAAAAAAAAACACCACGUUAACCCAUCAUCUCCAUCCGUGUAUCCGCCCAUCCGCCCAUCCGCCCAACCAACAAGAAUGCAGCAUCAAGAACCCCCCCAGACCAGCAGAAAUUUCAAAAAAAAUCCAGCCCAGUAAGCACCAACCGUUGGAUAAAACCAAGGCCAGCAAUGAAUAAGUAUGACCAACACCGCGCCCCAAAAAACGAUGCAGCUAAUCGAGCUUCUCACCUGCUACAACGUCGACUAGCUCAUGUAGCAGCUCAGCAAGCUCAUCGUAGCUCAUGCAACUUGUGCAGCUAGAGCUCCAUAGCAGCAUCUCCUCGACCAACCCCAGCUUUUCCUUCGUCCCUCCAGUCAUACCACCCCCGGCUUGCUGUAGCGUGGCAUCACAUCACUGCUACCUCGACCUCUACAUGGCCAUCACAAAUCAUCACCAAAAGAGCACAGGCAGAAACU